GUACUAUUUUCAUUAGUUUCAUUUUCAAAUUUCAUUAAAUUUCCAUCUAACUUGCGCUAACGGUCGCUAAAUAUUGUUUAAGAGUUUACUGAUGUAACAGCGAUAACAGUGCUAAUGAAAUUUCGAAAUGUUUUACAUAAUACGCACAAUAAUAAAUGUUUUCUAUGAUAAGUGCUCAAACACUUUCGCGAGCCACCGUAUCUCUUUAACCGCGUUCGUUCUUUUCGUGUCUCACCGACUCGUUUCACCGUAUUCGUUUGACCGAUUGUACGACACGAAAAUUUCCGGUCGAUAUGUCAACCGAGAGUCGUAUGUAUUUGCACAAUCUGCAACGGUUCGACGCCGCGCCUCCAACCAAAGUGAUUGAGCAGACAGCGCCUCCAACCUAAACCAACGAAUGGAUGGGGGAAGGUCGAGUCGACAGCGUGGGGGAACGUCGCUGCCUCGGUGCCGUCGACCUGUUUCAACAGCCGUAAUACAGUUUACGACAUACAACAGUCGCAUCAGCAUCCACAAAGGCGAUGACCGAGCUGCUAGGACGAUUACUGGAAAUUCUUGAGGAGGAAAAUGCGUUCGAUCGUACGGGUAACGAACCCGUCUUACACUUCGUCCAUCCGGAAGAGCUACAGAAACGAUUAUCGAUACAACUGACCGAGGAACCAGCUACCAAAGGAGAAAUCGAGACAACAAUAAGACAAACGAUUCGAUACUCUGUCAAGACGUUCAGUCCACAUUUUCAUAAUCAGCUGUACGCUGGUGUCGACGAAUAUGGCUUGGCAGGUUCUUGGUUGACAGAUGUGUUUAAUACCAGCCAAUAUACGUACGAGGUGGCUCCCGUGUUCACCGUGAUGGAACGACAAAUAAUAGAAAAAUCGUUGGAACUGGUUGGGUAUCCUCCGUUACCAGAAGGAGAUGGCAUACUUUGUCCUGGUGGUAGUAUAUCAAAUAUGUAUGGUAUGGUGAUGGCUAGAUACAAAAUGAUCCCGGAUGUAAAGAGGAAAGGUCUCGCGGGUCUUCCGCCGAUGGUUUGUUUCACCAGUGAGGCUGGCCACUAUUCAAUCUCUAAAGGAGCCCACUGGUUGGGCCUAGGAACCGAUCACGUUUACAAGGUCAAAUGCGACGAAUUUGGACGAAUGCGACCAGACGAGUUAAAGGCUGCCAUAGCGGAAGUCAAAAAACAGGGCCAUUUACCUUUCUUCGUGAACGCUACAUGCGGCACCACGGUCCUCGGCUCCUUCGAUCCGCUGCCGGAAAUCGCGGCCAUCUGCCGCGAGGAGAAUCUAUGGUUACAUGUUGACGCAUGUCUCGGUGGUACGCUGUUACUUUCGGAGAAAUAUCGAGACCGGUUGAAAGGAAUCGAACUCUCGAAUUCCGUAGCGUGGAAUCCACACAAGAUGCUUGGCGCACCGUUCCAAUGCUCGCUGUUCUUGGUUAAGGGUAAAAACGCUCUGCACGAAGCGAAUUGCGCGGGAGCGCGGUAUUUGUUCCAGCAGGACAAACAUUAUGACGUAUCUUGGGACACCGGUGAUAAGAGUUUGCAAUGUGGGAGAAAGGUCGACGGAGCUAAAUUUUGGCUGAUGUGGAAAGCACGAGGGACCAAAGGACUUCGCGAAUCCGUGGAACUCGCUAUGUCCACGGUGGAAUACUUUUUCGAACGAGUAAAAAGCCGGAAAGGAUUUCGUUUGGUACUUCCCCGGUACGAAGGUUGUAAUAUUUGUUUUUGGUACAUACCACCCAGUAUGCAAGGUCAACAGGAGACUCAGGAAUGGUGGAACAAAUUGUACGAGAUCACAGCUAAAAUCAAGGAACGCAUGAUGAUCGAGGGAACGCUGAUGGUUGGCUACACGCCGCUAUCGUACAAGAAUAUUGGCAACUUUUUCCGCAUGGUCGUCACCUGUCAACCACCACCGACCAAAGCUUCCAUGGAUUACGUGAUCGACAAGAUAGAAAAGCUGUCGGUUGAUUUGUAAACGGACUAAGUUCAUCCUCAUUCGCCGCAGAGAGUAAAAGAAGAAGGAAGUUCGGGGGG